AUGCCGUUCGAGGUUUACGAACGGUAUAACCUGUGAGUUUUUUUCAGUUUUUGCGUUUUGGGUUAGAAUUUCGCCGCAUAAUUUGUGUUUUCCUUUAGGUACAUAACACCAGAUUUGUUUUGCAUUGAGCCACGUCGGAAAGACGGUUCCGUGGUCGGAGAGAACUAUCUGCGGAUUGACCGAAUCACAAAUGAGGUGGAUUUGUUCAGUAAGUCCUUUAUUAUUUUUGUUUUUCUGUUUUUAGAACGAUUCUUGGCGAAUGACCAGAUUCAGCUAGUAUAACGCUCAAAAUCCUCUGGUUUUGAAUUUUUCUUUCGGAUUUUUGCUUCCUAUAUAAGGCCAAAUAUUCUAGGCAAUGCCAAGAAUCCAAUUCCAAUUGCUCAAGCGGAAGUAAAAGCCAUCUACGGACUUUGGGGCAUUAUUCCUCUGCUUGGUGGGAAUUAUCUGUGUGUAAUUACCAAAGCAUCGAUUAUUGGGAUUCUUAAUGGCUCUGAGAUUUACCAUGCCGACCAGUCGGAGGCUAUUCCCUAUCAGAUCGGUCAAAUGCAUCUCACGCAGCGCCAGCGGAGCUUCAAUAAUGUCUAUGUGGACAUGCUGAAGAGUGCGUUGAAUCAACGCGGUUUCUACUUUUCCUAUGACUAUGAUUUGAGUCGAUCAAUGCAAUGGCUCAGUGAGAACUCUUCUCCCGAUUUUAGGGAUCGAGCGCUCUAUGAUAGAGUGAGUUUUGGACUUUUGUUUUGAUGGACGUCUAGUCUAAUAUAAUUUUGUGCUGUAAUGUUUGUUUUUUUGUUUUCAGGCGGCUGUUUGGUACCUCUGGAACAACUAUCUGAUCUCUCCGUUGAGUCGACGUGCAGAAGUCAGUGAUUUACCUCGGUUGAAUUACUUUAUGACCUUAUUUUAGCUUCAAAAGUAUUGUCUUCCCAUAAUCCACGGGUUCGUCGGAAUUCGCGAAUGUUUCUUGAAAGGACAUGCAUUCAAGCUGGUUAUCAUAUCCAGAAGGCCCAUCGAACGGUACGAGCUUUUUGAAUAUUAUUUUUUUCGAUUUUUAGACACCCAUCUCAUGGAUAAUAUAAUUUCAGUCCGGGUGUCCGAUUUAUCGUCCGCGGAGUGGACGCGAAUGGGUCGUCCGCUAAUUUUGUCGAGACUGAGCAAAUUAUAGAGUUCGAUAAUGGUGGGAGAGUGGAGACUCGACGCUGGACAUCACUUCUUCAACUUCGCGGAUCAAUUCCAUUGCUUUGGAGCCAAAAACCCAACCUCAAAUGGCAACCGCAGCCGUACAUGCGGCCGCAGGACGACCAGACCGAAGCCUUUGUUAGCCAUAUGAAAGAACUCAGGAGGAGGUACGGAGGAACCCACGUUAUUGUGAAUUUGGUCAACCAAAAGGGGAGAGAGCACAGUGUUGGAGGAGAGCUGGCCAGAGUUUCGUUGCAGGUGAGAGGGCUUGGAAAAGUUGGAAAGGGCGAUUUUGGAGGGGUUUAUGAGGUUGUAGGCGAGAAUUGAAAGUAAAGUGCGAAAAAUUUUGGCUACACUUCAUUUGGGGAAGAUGUUGGCAAAAAAAUGAAAUUUACGAAUUGCCGGAGGGUAUUUAGGUGGAAAUUUCGUUUUGUUUUAUUUUUUACCUUCUGUGGAGCCAAAAAAAUCAUUUGAAAAUGCUGAAAAAAAAUUAUCAAAAUUUUUGGAAAUGAAAAAAAAAUUUACGAAUUGCCGUUUUAGCGGAGGAAAUUAUUUUUUUUUUAUUUUUUACUAGAGCCAAAAAACCCAUUUUUUCUCCACUAAAAUAGCCUCCGGGAAUUUGGAAAUUUUAUUUUUUUUUCAUUUCCAAAAUUUCUGAGAAAAAAAUUUUUGUGGUGAUUUCAAAUUGAAAUUCGCUAAAAAAAGAAUUUUGAACAUUUUUCGGCGUAAAAAUCAAAAAAAAAAAAAAAAAAAAAAGAAUUUUUUUUUUUGAAUUUUUUUCAGGCCUCCCUCGACUUUGUCCGCUACAUCCCAUUCGAUUUCCAUCGGGAAUGCAAAAAUUUGAACUGGAGCCGGCUCAGCCUCCUCCGCGACACGCUGAAGCCGCUCCUCCGAGAGUUUGGGUUCUUUUCGUCGGCCGAAAACCGAAAACAAAAGGGAUUCUUCCGAACGAAUUGCAUGGACUGCCUCGACCGGACCAAUGUGGCCCAAGCGAUGAUCGCCAAAGAGUCCCUCAAAGAUCAAUUGAUUCAUCUGGGAAUCUUCGCCGAACAAGACGACUUGGACCAUUUCGACACAUUCCUUUUUGUUUUUAGAAAUUGUAGGUUUAGUUUUUGGGAAACCGCGUUAUGCAGAAACAAAAGAGAUUUCUGGUUGAAAAAUUGUUUUUGGAUUUUUCCUGGUUUUGUUUGCGCUUAGGUGAUAUUAAAAUUUGAAUUUUUGAAGCUGUAUGCGAAAUUUUGAAAUCGCGUUAUGCAGAAACAAAAGAGAUUUUUGAUUCAAAAAAGCGGAUUUUUUUGCAAUUUUUGAGGUUCUGAUUACACGGGAUGAAGUUAAAAUUAGACUUUUAAAGGAAUAUCCGAAUUUUUAAAAUCGCGUUAUGCAGAAACAACCGAUUUUUGAUGGAAAAAUGUUUUUUUUUGCGAUUUUUUCCAGGAUUUUAUUACACUGAAAUGAAAUUAAAAUUGGGAACUUUCUAUUCCAAUUUACGCGUAAUUUACGAAUCGCGUUAUGCAGAAACAAUUGGGAUUUUUUCCGAAAUUUCGCCAAAUAUUUUUCUCAUCACUUAUUUCUUGAUUUUUUCCAGUAUGGGCCGAUAAUGGCGACGAAAUCAGCCGACAAUACGCUGGAACAGGCGCCCUGAAAACGGAUUACACACGGGUGGGGAAGAGGACCACGCACGGUGCGGUCCAGGACGGAAUCAACGCAUUGACUAGGUACUACAAGAACAACUUUACUGACGGAUAUAAAUUGGUGAGUGUCUUCGGAAAUAGGAGAAAAAAUGAUGGGUUUUGCCAUUUUUGUUUCAAAUUUAUGCGGAUACAUUUUAUACGAUCAAACAUGUUUCAUCGUAUAACAUGUCCAAAAAAGUUUCGAUAUGGCUGGAACUUUUGGGAAGUGAUUUACGGCCUAUAGAAAGGGUUUGUUUAUAAUUUGAAGGAAAUCUGAAAGUCGGUCUUUGAGAAAACUUAGAAAAAAGUGAUAAAAAAGUAAGUUUUCUCAAAGAUCUACUUUCAGAUUUACUUCAAAUUUUCCACAAACUUUUUCUGUAGGCCGUAAAUCAAUUCCCAAAAGUUUCAGUCGUAUCGAAAGUUUUUUUGGACAUGUUAUACGAUGAAACAUGUUUGAUCGUAUAAAAUGUGCCCACGUAAAUUCCCGUUUUCAAAUUGAUUUUCAGGCCUUUUUGACCCUAAAACCGAGUAUUUCAAUUUUCCCGCAUUUUAGGACGCGAUGAAUCUCCUGCUCGGCUACUACAAACUGCCCGAAAUGGGCGCCCCCGAAGACCUGGACCGCCCACUGGUCAGCUGGGACGCGAACGGCUUCGCGGUGGUGGGCGCCGUCUUCUCCAUGGCCAUGACCCUGCUGUGCGUCCUCAUCUCCGAGAACAUGACCGCCACCAUCUUCUGGUUCGUCAUCUUCUUGGCGUUCGCCGCGUUUAUCUACCUCAAUGGAGAGGAGUUUGUGCGAAAACCCAAACUCAAAAAGGACUAA